GUCACCGGUGAGCGGAAUCAGUUCGAAUCGAAAUGUCUGACAGUGAAGUGGGUUCCCGGGUGCAACGGCUGCUGCUGCUAAUCUGCCUUGGACUAUUUCCCGCGACGGUUAUCACCAAUUAUACACCCUGCCAAAAUGGUCAGGUUAAUGCUUAUGGUGUUUGCAGCCCCAUUAUUUUGAAUAUAUAUAGUAACCUGUGCGGAGGUCAAACGGGGAUUCAAUGCAAUCCUUCCAAUCCUGUAACUACUGUUGUUCCUGGUACUCCCGGUUGCCCUAACACUCCUCAAUAUCCAACAGUGGUUCCGAAUAAUCCUUCCAAUCCUGUAACUACUGUUGUACCUGGUACUCCUGGUUGCCCCAACACUCCUCAAUAUCCUACAGUGGUUCCGAAUAAUCCAUCUAAUCCCAAUGUAAAUGUUGUUCCUGGUACUCCCGGUUGCCCCAACACUCCUCAAUAUCCUACAGUGGUUCCAGAUAAGCCACUGUGUCCCAAUACACCAACAACUCCAGCUUGUCCCAAUGCCAAUGGUCCAAGUUCCUGUAACUCGAACGGCACAUCUUCGUAUCCCAAUGCUUCUUCCCCAACUUCUCCACGAACUACCACUCUCCCAAGUGUUACUGAGCAACCAGCGCCUGCACCUCAAGCAAAUCCAACACCACCACCUCAAUCGAGCCCAGUCCCCGUCCCAGUCAUUACGCCACCACCGGAUCCCAUUAUCCGGUGUCCGGAGGGAACAAUUUUGGUGAAAGGUGCUUGCCGUCUACUUUUCUGCGGGGGAAAUAGCUUGUACAUCGAAGGACGCUGCAUUCAGGCCCGCUGUCCUGCUGGAUAUGUGUGGACGGGUAUCCGGUGCUCGAAGCCUCAGCCAUUGGAGCUCGGUAACAUCCAAAUAGAGAACACUGUCCACCAGCUCCCAGGAACUCUGCCCCACCUGAUCAGCAACAAUGUUAACCACGUCAUGGUAAACGCCUCCAUCACAAUCCCAGAACAAGCCUCCGAAGAGGAAGAGGAACAGGUGGAAGUGGUGGCGCCACCACAGCCACCCUCAAGCCCCUGCUGCAACGUAUUCGCUCCGCGGGUCUGCGCCACCCAGGCGGGUCAAGACGGAUACAAGUGCUUCAGCAGGAGUCAGCAGCAGUGCGGUUCCGUCUGCAGUGCCAGGAAGAUGAUGCUCGCUCCGGUCGCAGUAACCAGCUGGACUCAGUCCAACAGCCAGAUGGUGGCCAUGCCUCCCAACUGGGCGGCUCAGGCCUGUCAGUCCAAUAAUGGGAUUUGCCAGCAGCCCCAGAGUGAGUUCGACUUCUACGACUGCAGUGGCUGUGCUAUGGGUCACCUUUCGACCUGCUCCUCGUACUGCUACUCCUACAAAUGCAGCACCCACAACUGCGCAUAUUACGACCAGGCCCAAUACUGCUCCCAAUAUGCAGGUCAAAUCGGAUGCCAGGCGGAGGAUGGUUGGAUUCAGACCGCCUAACACUCGCCAAGCGCAAAUUGUAGAAAACGUGCUCAUCAUUAUGCAAUCAAGACCACACCAAAAAAAAAAAAAACAAUUAAUAAAGAAAGACAAAUUA